UGGAAGUUACGAGAGUUGAAACGAGUGAAAAGGGAUCGGGAAGAAAAGGAGGAACGAGAAAGAGAGAAAAUGGAAAUAGAAAAAUUGAGGACCAUGUCUGAAGAGGAGCGACAUAUUCAGCUACGACUUAUGCCGAAAACCGUUACAAACAAGGCAACCAAGGGCAAAUAUAAGUAUUUGCAGAAAUAUUACCACAGAGGAGCGUUUUACUUGGAUAAAGAGGACGAGGUCUACAAGAGGGACUUCGCACAAGCCACACUCGAGGAUCAUUUUGAUAAGACCAUCCUUCCUAAAGUUAUGCAGGUUAAGAACUUUGGACGAUCAGGACGGACGAAGUACACUCAUUUAGUGGAUCAAGACACUACACAGUUCGACUCUCCUUGGUCAACUGAGAACGCCCAAAACCAGAAAUUCCAUUCUCAGCAAGCUGGUGGCGUGAAACCUGUCUUUGAGAAACCGUCGUGGAAUAAAAGAAAAUUGCAGUGAGUAUCUUCAUUGAUGAU